AUGGCAGGUGUCCAAGGAAGGAACGACCACACUCAACUUGAAACGACACGGCCUAGCUCAAAGGUCAUCGCAUUCGCAACAUCAGUCGUGCACUCCAAACCUAAGGAGCUGUCAGUCAGAGAAUACAUCCACCUGCUCAGGCAGCAUGUGGCCAAAGGUCGACGAGCAGACGCCGUCAGCUCGAAACAUCGUCACCUGGACAGAUCUUCAUACUGGCGUUCGGAAUAUCUACGUACCAAAGACGCUCUCAGCGAGGCUCAGGAUCAGUCUGUCGACCUACGUCGGGAGAACGAGAUCUUGAAAGCUAGACUCGACGCUGCAAAAGCUGCGAAUCCGCCCAAGAAGCGAAAGAAGCAAGAUGUCGACACUAUUCCCGUGCCUCGAUCGCCGAAGAAAAUGAAGCGAGCAGCAUCUCCAACCAGGAUUGCGCCGUUGGACAUUGUAGGGGAUGGCGAGGUGGAUGAGUUUGGCGAGAUCAAACCAUCUCUGUUGCGAAGAGUCUUCGAUAUCCACACGAUUGUGAAGGCAUCAGGGAAAACGGAUACGACAAAACUGGCGUACCACAUCAUCGAAGCUGCUGCGGCAGUCUCAGAAAUGGUGAAGCAGGGUGUCCACGAAUGCAUCGCCGAUGAAGCGACAGACCUGGAGCCGCUCAAAAGCACACUGACAGCCGCCAGUCGUGCAACAGCUUCGAUAAUUGUCGGCCUCAACAGAAUCGGCCAUGUCCCUGAAGGCAGCGUUGUGCAGGGCAAAGUGGUCCACGCCUUCGUCCAGAUGUUCAGAGACACACUCGGUGAAUUCGAGAGCCUUGCUUCUGCUGAAGUCAAAAAGAACGGCAACGAGGCCGCCGUCUCCAAGGGAAAGAGUAAAGCCAAGUCGAAGGCAAAGAUCACCAAGUCAACUACUUUCCAAGGAUCAUCAACAUUGAACGCACUGGCUUCAUUUCUAUCGAAUGUUGUCGGCCUGCUCGAUUCGAAAGUCGAUGCCAACAAAGCAGUCUUCGAAGGGUUCGCAUACUGCAUCCUGCGUCGGCUUGGUCGACACCUCUAUUCAACCGUCUUUGGCCAUCCAAGAGCAUCGACCUUGGAAGCUGAAAUCCUCCAAAGCAGGGACGACAUCGAAGACGACGAAUCGACACCUUCGCCACAAGAGAAGGAACUGCAGCAAAAGCGAAUGCGAGUGGAGGCACCAUAUCUCAUCCACCUGCUCACUCGAAUCAUGAGCAUCGCUCCAGCCCACCUCGGUGCAGCCCUCACCAAGACUGGCAAACCCAAGCAAGCCCACAACAAAGCUGCAAUGAAGGGUGCGUUGGCCAUCACCGCCAAAGAUUGUCUGCAGAGCACUCUCGUCAACGCCAUCUUCGGCACGGAAGGUAUCGAUGAGAACGAUCCCUUCAUCGACUGCCUGAAAAUGCCUAUUCCUGGCAAUGCGACGAUUCCGGUGCCUAAGGUAAAGGAGCCUGAGAUGGCAGAGUGGUUCAAGGGGGAGAUGUGGAAUUUGUUGGGCUGGGAGAUUUUGUCGAGGACGGAUGGGUAG